CGGCAUCGUGGGUUCCUCCGGUAACGGAAUGAGUUCCGAAAUUCCGGUGGAAACCUCUUCGGUUGCCAUGGUUGUGCCGUCCUCACCACUACCCUUCGGGGCAAGUGUGGGGGCCGCGACCAUGACGUCGUUUGCAAUGCCGAGCUCGAUCUUCGGGUCGGCCCCUCGACCCAUUCCCGGGCUCGAAACCACGGGGGAUCACCCCGUCGGUAAUUCGAACCCGUUUCUCGGACCGACUACGGCUUCGGCCUCGACGGUCAACUUUGGACCGAACGCGGGCUUUCCCACUCCGGUCAACGUAGGACCGAACGCGGGUUUCCCCACACCGGUCAAUCCAUUCGUUGGACCCCAUUGGGCGACUAACGGGCCUUUCCUCCACACGCCCAAUGCGGUUGGGCCGAUUACGGUGCCCGCUAGUUCAGUCCAAAGGCCACCGAAGUUCAAUGGCACGAACUUCAAAAUGUGGCAACAAAAAAUGAUGUUUUUCAUGACCGUCUUGGGAUUUGCUGAGUACCUGCAGCAAGAUUCCCCCCAGCCCAAUGAAGCCAACGACCCCCUCGUGGCGAUGGUGAACCAAGCAUGGUACCACAACAACUAUCUUGCCAUCAACAUUAUCCUCGAGGGGUUGGGAGAUUCGCUCUACCCCGUCUACGCCGGUGCAACGCUCGCCAAGGAGCUUUGGAAUAGCUUGAACAAAAAGUAUCAAGCUGAAGAUGCCAGCACGAAGAAGUUCAUCGUCGGGAAGAUGUUGGACUACAAGAUGGUCGACAGCAAAUCUGUUGUCGCCCAGGCUGAGGAGCUUACGGUUAUCUUCAAUAAAUGCAAUGAAGAAAAAGUAGGCGUCAGCGAGGCCUUUCAAGUGGCGGCCAUCAUCCACAAACUUCCCCGGUCAUGGGAAGAUUUCCAAGCCGACCUCAAGCUCAAAAGAACGGAGCUGAAUCUGGAGCAACUGCUCACGCGGUUGAGGAUCCGAGAGGAAGGGCUUGCUAGAAGAAAUGGAGGGGCUAAGGCGAAUGUUGUAGAACAUCCGUCGGGCUCUUCACAUGGCGGGAAGGACAAGAAGAAAAUGGGUCCUAAGGGUGGUGUUUCCAAAUUUGCAGGAAAAUGCUACAAUUGUGGCAUUACUGGGCAUCGUUCCUCCGAUUGUAGGAAAAAGAAGCCACAAAAGGGAAAGAAGAAAACCACAGAAGCCAUGUGUGCGGAGCUUGACAACUUGGACCUCUGCGCGGUUGUCACCGAAGUAAAUCUCGUCGGGUCAAACCCGAAGGAAUGCGCUGCAAAAUCACGGCUUCCAUCUCUUCAAUAUCCAUUUCUCAGCAAAUCCAAUCCACAUUCUUCUCACAGGAUCUCGAUCUGUUCAACGAUUUCGCCGAUGGAUUCUUCUAUCAAAUCAGGCACGCCGGCGAAGACCAAAAUAGCACUGAUCACCGGCAUCACUGGCCAAGACGGAUCAUACCUCACAGAAUUACUCCUGAGCAAGGCCUACGAGGUCCACGGUCUCAUCCGCAGAUCUUCCAAUUUCAACACUCAGAGGAUCAAUCACAUCUACAUCGAUCCCCACAAUGCCAACAAAGCCCGUAUGAAGCUCCACUACGCUGACCUCAGCGACGCGUCCUCCCUCCGCCGCUGGCUCGAUGUCAUCCUUCCGGAUGAGGUCUAUAACCUUGCUGCCCAGUCACACGUCGCCGUCUCUUUUGAAAUCCCCGAUUACACGGCAGAUGUCGUAGCCACGGGCGCGCUCCGCCUCCUAGAGGCUGUGCGGUCCCACAUAUCCGCAACUGGCAGGUCCCACAUCAAGUACUACCAGGCAGGGUCAUCGGAGAUGUUCGGAUCCACGCCACCGCCCCAGUCGGAGUCCACCCCUUUCCACCCGAGAUCCCCCUACGCAGCAUCCAAAUGUGCGGCUCAUUGGUACACGGUGAAUUACCGCGAGGCGUAUGGGAUAUUCGCCUGCAAUGGCAUCCUCUUCAACCACGAAUCCCCGAGGCGCGGCGAGAAUUUCGUGACCAGGAAGAUCACACGGGCGGUCGGGCGCAUCAAGGUCGGGCUCCAGAACAAGCUGUUUCUGGGGAACUUACAGGCAUCAAGAGACUGGGGUUUUGCCGGGGACUACGUGGAGGCAAUGUGGAUGAUGCUACAGCAGGAGGAGCCGGACGAUUACGUGGUGGCCACAGAGGAGUCUCACACAGUACAGGAGUUCCUGGAAGAGGCGUUCGGCUAUGUUGGGCUGAACUGGAAAGAUCACGUGGAGAUCGACAAGCGAUACUUCAGGCCUGCAGAGGUGGACAAUCUCAAAGGGGAUGCGACCAAGGCGAAGAAGGUGCUGGGCUGGAAACCCAAAGUGGGGUUCCAGCAACUGGUGAAGAUGAUGGUGGAUGAAGAUGUGGAUCUUGCCAAGAGGGAGAAGGUGCUUGUUGAUGCUGGAUACAUUGAUGCCCAGCAACAGCCUUAAUUCGCAUUCAUUCACUUUCAGUCCAAGGGUGAGGGUUAGCUAUAUAUUCACAGUUUUUUUUAUAACAAUCAUCUACUUCUGUUAUUACAUUGUUCGAAUGAAGAUAUCUAGAGGGGAGGGAGAGAGGUCUACCAUUAGAAGAACCAAUGUACUUUGUUUGAGUCAUCCUUUACCAUUCUGAAAUGCAAUUUGAAAUU